CAACACACGUUUGUGUGUCUCAAUCACUCUCCCUAAGAAGCCAUGCCAUGCACCUUCGUCCAUCCAUUCGUCCAUCCAUCCAUCCACCUACUAGCCGGUGCGGUGCGGGGCGGUGCGGUCCAGCCAAUACAACACACACACGCACCCCUCACCCCUUGUCAUGUCAUGCAUCCACCCUUUUGGCUCAUCAACGAAAUGUCGACAGCCCCGACCACGUCGGGCGAUACUGCUGCGGGCCGGGGCUGUACUCACGCGUCACCGGAUCCUAUGUUAUCAGACCACACACACACACACACACAGAGAGAGAGAGAGAGAGGGACGUGGCCUUCACUCGACAACUAGGCGUCUCACCUUCUUUCGAUAUCUGCCCGACUUGGGCAUCGCACCCCCCACAACCGACUCUGCAUGCAUGGGAAAGGGAAAUGGGAGAUGGAGGGAGAGGGACUCUCACCAACUCGUUCGACCCUACUCGUUUUGGACGAGAUGCUGGACCGCCCCUCGUAUUUGCCAACGCCUUAAAAUACCCACAAACACACACACACACACACACACAGAUGCAUGGUGCGGUGCGUAUGGGAUGAAAAGACGAAUGCGAGACGUCCGUCACUGGCUGACCAGGUCCGCCCGAUGGGUCGAUUUCCUCCAGAAAGAAGGCCAUCGUGUUGCGCUUCUCGUAAGGAAUGAACACCGUUUGAGGUUUGUAGUCCCACGGCUGCAUUAUCGACACAACAGUCGCACAUAGUUUCGUUUCUGUCCCCGUGCGCGCGCCCAUGUCUCCCCUGUCUGUCCACUCACUCGUUUGCCCGGCCUGGCGUAUGUGGCCGGCCCUGGUGUGGGGACAAGAGGAUGGACGGGGGGGUCCAGCCGCCCCCGUGACGUCGCAAACGAUCCCCGCAACGAGUCAGAUGUCUUGGGCAGUCCGAACUCACUCGCCUGCACUCCAUACACACACAGAAUGAGAGCCAUGUGGGUAUUCUUGAUCCUCUCUCGUGUGCUGUGCCACCGACCGACCGCGUCAUUCUGCAUGGAAACGAGCCUCGACAGCCGCGCAGUGGUCGGAGUGACCAUCAAGCUGUGCUGACCAUACGGGGGAAAGCCCCCUGCCGUCACCGGCAGGCUCACCGACAUAUGCCCAUGCCCAUGCCCACCCACUCCCACCCCUACUCCAGUGCGAGACACGCGCCUGUUGAUGCGAGGCGAGUCGGGACACGCGAAAGAAGAGCCCUCGACGCUGGCAUUGGCCGAUGUGAGCUGAGAGUGUGCGGCUGCGGCGUCCCUGAGAAGUUUGGGGCCGGCCGACGAGGAGCGGCGCGUCUUGUGGAGGGGGGCAGGCAGCGCUAUGGACGGAACAAAGGGGGGCGGCCCCGGGUGGUGGUGGGAGGUGAGGUGGUUGUGCAGCCUGUCGAACUUCAACGACGGCACUGCUUUCAGUGCGCGACUCCCCCCUGCAAUCAAAUCAUGUAAUGAGACAGAAUGCGAGGUGUCUCAGUGCAGCUGAGUGCAGACAGACGACCUGUUUGUUGUCUUGGGGUGAGGACGGCAGGUCUGGGGCUGUUGGUGCGCUCGUUGCGCAAGAAGCGGCGGAUGUGCUCACGGAUGACCGUGAGAUGCUCCUCGUGCGUGAUGCCAAGGAUGUUUGCCAGAGCUUCCCUGUCCAUCGUGACAAGCGUCUGCCCGUCCAGGCCAGCUGCCUGCAAUCAAUACACAAGAGACGAUCCAUUCACAGAGUGGGACAGCCCGCCCUAGCUGUCGCCGCUCUCCCUGACCCUGAUUCUGUCGGCAUAUCCGCUCGGAAGAUGCAGGUCGUUGAGCCAUGCGGCCAGAUCCUCCGCACACCAAUGGCGCAUCCCUCUGUCGUCCUUUGCCAAGGCGCUGCAGGCACUCCUUGCAAGAGAGCCCAUAUUGCUUGCUGAUUGCCAGAAGAAUCUCUGCGCUGGGGGCCGCCCACAUGCACUGCAUGCACUCCCGUCUCGCUUUCUGUCACAUUUGAAUCAUUGGAUUGGAAAGAUCUUUAUCAGAUCCUCACGGGGGGUUUGUCACACGAACGCACUGCACUAAUCACACCAACCCUUCCCCAGUCCCCCCCACUCACUCACUCACUGCACAAUGCUCACUGGCAGACAACCGACCUAUCCCUCGCCCGCCCUCCCGCCCGGCCAACCCUCCCCUCUCCCCUCUCAUUUGUCAGACUUGCAAAACCACCAAUGCGUUGAUGUGGUCCAUGUUAACAUACACGUGUGUAUGUCCGUCUCUAUCGCAUCGAAAGGACUACACUCUGUACUAAAAGAGACCAUCCAUCUGUCACACGCAGCCAGCGAGACCAGUCAGUCGCCCAUCCACUCACCCACUCAUCCACUCACCCAUGCAGCCAUCCAGCCGAGUCGAAACAGACACGCACGCAAAAUGACAACUAACGUAGGAACGAGGAG